AAAUUAUUUGCAUAAAUAGUGGAGUUAUUUAAGAGCAAACAUUUCUUUUUUCUCCUGGAAUGUUUGCUGCUGUGUGCGCUAAUACUUGAAUUCCAAGUUUUGGCUGUUAAAUUGUUGUAAUUCAUACUCUUUUGCCGUUUAACCAACGUUUGUGUUGUAGUCUGUCAAGACGGAACUGACAACAUGAGUUAGUGCAUCCACUUGAGAGAAGAUUGUGCCGAACAGGGAAAACAAAAUUCGUCAAGGUAACGAUGGCCAAGGCUAUCACUGACGCGUUCUUAAUCGUGAAUGGCAUUUGGAAGUCGAAAUGCCGGUGAAAGUGGCCUCUGCAGUGGCCAAGGCUUUAUUUGACAUAGGUUACAGCCCCCCACCUUGUUGGUGUAAUGAUACUCGGCACUCAACGUCCUUUACGAUGACGUACUUCCACAAAUGUUACGACUGAAUCGUUUAAAGAUUUUCUCUGAGAGAUUGAGAAAGUUUUACCUUUUUUCCCCCAGUCAUUUGCUCUAAGCGCUAGGCCCCUCGACUAUUGUUGACUACCCAUACGCUUUAUAUUUCGCUUUUUUCAAGAUGGGGGACCUCUAAACACUUUUAAGGACUCGGUUGAAAAAUGAACCCCGCCCCCUGGUUUCUUUUGUAUUCAUUUUUUUACGCAGGGAAUGAUCACAACAGUACUGAAUGCACAGUUGCGAACAUCACCAUCUUGCAAAGUCUGUUUCUUUGCUGAGCUGCGCCUCGAUCCUUGGUUAUUUUUACACAACAUUGGAAUUCAAAGUGCCAAUUAACUGACUGAGCUUCAAUACCCGUGCGAGGAAUUUUGUUUUUCUUCAUCGAAAUGGAUUGGUUUCGAUGUGUACAAUCUUUGUUCAAGAUCGCUGCCCUUAUCCUGUUUGGUUACGCAAUCGCCGCAGUUUCAUCCGAGGAUUCCACGUCGAAUUCUGAGUUUCCCAGUCGAAAUAGCGACGUCAGUUUCGUGGAUAAGAGGACCAAUUACAGCCGGCCGCCAGGAGACAAUCCGUCGUCUAGGAAAUCCUUUGCUCGAAAGUUAUACGUUCUACAAUAGCUACUACAAGUUCAACAACAUUCCUUCCCCAAAACCAGAUCAGCCAAUCUUGACUCAAGAAUCCGACCCAGAAGGAAUGCGGUCUCAACAACGUCAUCCGGAGCAAGGGGAAAAGUCAUCCCAGCGGUGAUACCGGUCGAAGAUGCCGGCGCGAUAAUCCAUCAAAGAAGAAUACGGUUCGACAGAUGAUGAAACACGCGUGGGACGGCUACGUGAAAUAUGCGUGGGGCUAUCACGAACUCCGCCCAAUCAGUCGUCACGGGCACAGCUCCUCGCUUUUCGGCGAUUUCAGCAACACGGGCGUCACCAUUGUCGACAGCCUCGAUACCCUCUACAUUAUGGGACUGAUGGACGAGUUCCAGCGGGCCAGAGACUGGAUCGAACACAAUUUGGAUUUCAAGAAACUGACGUGGGGCGAGGUAUCGGUCUUCGAGAUCAACAUACGUUUCGUCGGAGGUCUUUUGUCUUGCUUCGCCUUGACAGGUGAUCACAUGUUCAGAGAAAAGGCCUUGCUGAUAGCUGAGAGGCUCUUGCCAGCCUUUGACACUCCGACGGGAAUUCCGUUAGGAAUAGUCAAUAUGGAGAAUGGGGUAAGCCGGAAUCCGUCGUGGGCCAGCGAAGGUUCUAGCAUCUUGUCAGAAUUGGGCACAUUGAGCUUAGAGUUCAAUUACCUGUCGGACGUUACGGGAAAGGACGUUUUCCGGCAGAAGAUUCAAAAGCUCACGGGAACGAUUAAAAGGUUGGAUCGACAUGCUGAUGGAGGUCUCUAUCCAAAUUUCAUCAAUCCUUGGACCGGGGAUUGGGGCGAUCGCCAUGUGUCCAUGGGGGCGUUUGGUGAUUCUUUCUACGAAUAUUUGCUCAAGUCUUGGCUACUUAGCGGGCGACAGGACGAUGAAGCCCGUUUAAUGUACAUCGACGCUGUCGAAGCCGCGUUGGCCAAGUUAAUCCAAGUGUCGAGAGAAGGAUUCACUUAUUUUGCCGAUAGCAACUCGGGCAGACUGGAACACAAAAUGCAACACCUUGCGUGUUUCUCCGGAGGAAUGUUGGGUCUUGGAGGAUUUUACCUUGGCGAACCCUUCAAGAGACGUCACAUGGCCAUGGGAAAAGCUAUUACGCGGACGUGCCGCGAAUCUUACAAUCGGAGCACCAGCCAACUUGGACCGGAGACGUUUCGAUUUAACGAACAGCUGGAAGCCGAAGGUUUAGAACCGGAGGCUGCGUAUCUGUUGCGUCCGGAAGUUGUGGAAUCCUACUUUAUUAUGUGGAGACUGACGCAUGACCCAAUAUAUCGCGAGUGGGGCUGGGACGUCGUGCUGGCGCUGGAGAGACAUUGCCGGGUCGAAGGAGCGGGAUACAGCGGAUUGAAGAACGUCAACGAAGAAAAGCCCGUCAAAGAUGACGUGCAGCAGAGCUUCUUCUUAGCUGAAACACUCAAGUAUCUCUACUUAUUGUUCAGCGAUGACGACGUUCUUCCAUUGGACCAGUGGGUAUUCAAUACGGAGGCCCACCCUCUUCCCGUGUCGUUGCCCAUCAAAGAUAUUUCAACUCCGAAUCCCAAAUUCGUAUUUAGAGACCAAAAAUGACGAGUAGUAUUAUAAUUACAAAUGACAUUUUUCUCAUUGAUUUUGUGUUCGUAAUUUUUACCUUCAGUGUAUUAGGUAUCGUAAAUCGUAAUCCAUUGGUAUGACACUCGUAUGAUUUUACUAAAAUUGUAAAUUAUACUUGUCCCGCUGAUCCCGGCCGCAUUGCCAGCUCUAAAAUACCCAGCUUUUCGCAUUAUUCUCCCUUGUUAGAUGUUGUAUUUUUGACCAACACGCCAACACCGCUUCGCUGUUCUUACGGAAGUUCGUCUGCACUUGUUGUAGAUUUGUAGCAGCACAAUGCAACACAGAUGUUGAGGCUGUCAA